AUGGAGGAGCAUGGGGUGUACACGCUUGGCAAGGGGAGGAAACGUCUGCUCUUAGGCAUGUACGUCGAUGAUUUGAUUCUCACCGGCACCGAUCUAGGUGAGAUCAAGUCGUUCAAGGAGGAGAUGAAGCGCUCAUUAAAAAUGAGUGAUAUCGGGUGCCUUAGCUACUACUUGGGCAUCGAGGUGAAGCAGGAACGUGGGAGGAUCACCAUGAACCAGGUGGCGUACACGACAACAAUCCUAGACAAGGCAGGCAUGAGCAGUUGCAACAGCGUGGAAGUGCCAUUGGAGACGUGUCCGAAACUGAGUAAAAAAAGCGCCAAUAUUAGCUUUGCGGUAUGUGAGCCGGUUCAUGGCGAGUCCUACGAUGGAGACAUGAGCGUCGUCAAGCAUCUUCUCCACUAUAUCGCUGGGAUGCUCCACUUUGACCUCAACCACACCAAGGGCACCGGCGAUCUCAAGCUCCAAGGGUACAGUGAUGCAGACAUAGCCGGCGAUGUGGAUGAUCGCAAGAGCACCACUGGCAUUUUGUUCUACCUUGGUCGUGCGCCGGUGACAUGA